AUGGAUAAAGCAUUGUUCCAUUUCGUGCCGUCCAAUCAACAACGGUCUAGUUUGCCAGACCGCGCGUACAUCGGCUUCGCGACGCUGCCGGAGCAGGUGCACCGCAAGAGCGUGAAACGGGGCUUCGACUUCACGCUGAUGGUGGUCGGGGAGUCCGGCCUGGGCAAGAGCACGCUCGUCAACGCGCUCUUCCUCUCGGACCUGUACCGCGACCGCCGCGUGCCGGAUGUGGCUGAGCGCGUGCGGCGGACGACGUCGAUUGAACGAAAGGUGAUGGACAUCGAGGAACGCGGUGUCAAGCUGCGCCUCACCAUCGUCGACACACCGGGGUUCGGAGACGCGCUCAACUGCGAAGAGAGCUGGCUGGCGUGCUGCGCCUACGUGGACGAGCAGUUCCGCCAGUACUUCACGGACGAGAGCGGCCUGAACCGCCGCAACAUUCAGGACAACCGCGUGCACUGCUGUCUGUACUUCAUCCCGCCCUACGGCCACGGCCUGCGCCAGCUCGACCUGGAGUUCAUGCGGCGGCUGCACCGCAAGGUGAACCUGGUGCCGGUGAUCGCCAAGGCGGACACCCUCACCGCCGCCGAGGUGCGCCGCCUCAAGGAGCGAGUGCUCUCCGACCUGGAGGAGGCGCAGAUCCAGAUCUACCAGUUCCCCGAGUGCGACUCGGACGAGGACGAGGAGUUCAAGCAGCAGGACCGCGAGCUGAAGGCGUGCGUGCCCUUCGCCGUGGUGGGCGCCAGCACCGUUCUCGACGUGGGCGGCCGCGCCGUGCGGGGCCGAAGCUACCCCUGGGGAGUCGUCGAGGUGGAGAACCCGACGCACUGCGACUUCGCCCGCCUGCGGACCAUGCUGGUGAGCACGCACAUGCAGGACCUCAAGGACGUGACGCAGGACGUGCACUACGAGAACUUCCGCGCGCAGUGCCUGUCGCAGAUGUCGCUGGCGGCGGCGGCGGCGGCGGCGGGCGGGCGCGAGCGCGAGCGCUCCAAGCUGAAGCGCGACUCCGCCCUGGAGCCCGCCGCCCCGCCCGGCGACACCGACCGCCUGCUGCAGCAGAAGGAGGAGGAGUUUCACCGUAAAGAAAAGCUUUAG